AUGGCCUAUGACAUCCACGGAACCUGGGAUGGCACCAGUAAAUGGACGAGCUCCGUCGUCAACCCACAUACAAACUUGACCGUGUUUGAUGGCAUGGUCCGCUUUUCUCACCGGGUGGCUCCUGCUUACUUCCUUGUGAGAUUUGGUGGACUUGACCUUUUGUGGCGCAACGACAUUGAUCCCAAAAAGAUUCUCCUUGGUCUAGGCUUCUACGGUCGUUCCUUUACAUUGGACGAUUCUGCUUGCACUAGUCCAGGCUGCGAUUUCUACACGAAGAACGAUAAUACCGGAGGAGCCGCGCCUGGAACAUGUACUGGGACCAGCGGCUUUUUAUCGGACUAUGAAAUCAGUCGUAGUAUCAAGAGCUUCUCACCCAAUAUCCACUACGACCAGGCUGCCGGUGUCAAUUGGAUGACUUGGAGUGGAAAUCAAUGGGUCUCAUUCGAUGACGGUCGUACACUCAAGCAAAAAGCCGACUUUGCGAACAGUAGGUGUUUAGGCGGGUUGUUUAGUUGGGCUCUCGAUCUCGGUGGCCAGGGCUCGCUCAAAAACCCAAAUGAGUUAACAGCAGGCGAUACUAGCAUGGACGGUGCUAAUGCCAAGGAAGGUAGUGAUGGAACUGGUAUCCUCUAUGUAGGUCAAGAGGUUCUGGGUAACUCGCCCACUUUUACCGCCAUUGCUCCUGUCAGCAUCAUAUUUCCCAAGUCGGUUCUUAAUUCUCCUACAACAAUUAACCUGAGAGACGGUUAUCCAACAUCCCUUGAGGUUGCAUGGAGCACUCCUAAAACAGUUACCAUUGGCAUUGUUACUACCGUCACUUCCACCAUCACACGCCAUAUCAUGUCUACUACGAACCCCUUGAAGCACAUUACUACAGCCACCAUAAACUACUAUAACUGGAAAAUUAGUGAUGUUGUCACUUCUAGCAUUGGAACUCUUAUACCAAGCAUCGAGAUUGCGCUAGUCGUGGUUAUAGAUGAUCCUAAUCCACUCAGAGACAGGCGUGACUCAUUUGCCCCUUGUGACUCGCACCUCACUUUCAAGGAAGGAAGUCCACCGGGACCUACUUGCACGGCCAAUUGUGGUCAUAAAUGUUAUGGCUUCUGCAAUGGUCCUUGUCUCCAUGACUGUGGCGCAGGGAGCUCCUCUAGCUUUAUCGAUCCCCUUGAUAAGAAUCCUCCUUCAUUCAGCAAAUGCUCUGGUCCUGGAUGCAUCAACGGCAGGUGUACUGGAGACAGCCUAUGCAUCGAAAGAGGUUGUACUGGCGCGGAUUGCAAAAACCGGAUCUGUGUAGGUGAUAAUUGCAUCCCUACGGCCUACACGGGUAAGGACUGUGAUGAAGGUCAUUGUUCCGGCAAGGAUUGUCAAGAUCAUGGCUGCAUCAGCAAAGACUGUAAUGGUAAGAAUGACAAAGAUGACGACGACGACAAUGAUGAUAGUGGUGGUGGUGGUGGUGGUGGUGGAGGGGUCUCUGGCCUGCGUCUCGGACGCUCGUGUUUCUCAUGGGGAUGUCUAGGCCCGGCCUGCUCUAAAACUGACUUCACAUGUACCGGUUCGCGAUGCCGCAUUGUGACCUGCUCUGGUCGUGAUUGUUCCAACGGUGUCUGUACUGGCAAAGGGUGUCAAUCCGAAGAUUCGGAAUGCGAGGGCAAAGAGGCAGAUUCUUGCACCGCGUACAUAUCCAGCACUCUAAUCAAGCCAGCCUCGACUUAUUCAACGACUAAUGUGGCCUCUCGCUGCCAAACCAUCACCGCUUGUGCUGCUACUCCGACCACAACAACCCGUACUGUCGACAAGGAUGGGUUGGUCGAAGGCACCAUUUCUAACACUGGUAUCAGCGUUGCCGACUCAACAUUGCUUUCGAGCCAAGUGCUUGAUGAUAUCAGCAGCUUCUUUGAAGCGGUAUUUACUAUCACAGAAGUGACUACUACGAGCAAACCGACGACCACGAAGAAAACAACUUCAGCUCCGCCUGUCCCCACCGAAACUGGGUGCAACUGUGAUCUCCCCGGUGCAAAACGUGAUAACUGCGAGAUGACUGGCAAACAAAUGGCAGCUGCCUACGACCAUAUCUUCCAGGAGACCGGUGGAGGUUGCAAGGUUUGCGGCCGUGCACUCUUUGAGGACGGUUGUUUGCUGCAUGUUGACUAUGUGACCACUUGCAAGACGACAAACAGUCUCCUAGAGGUAUUUAUUGGAAACGGAUCCGAUAUUAGCAGCUCUUCCGAAGUUGCCUCGUCAAGUCUUUUACAGCUAUAA